AACCAGAGAGUGCAGGGAGAGACAGGCGAGAAACCAGAGAGUGCAGGGAGAGACAGGCGAGAAACCAGAGAGUAUAGAGAGAGACAGACAAGAAACCAGAGAGAAAGACAGGCAAGAAACCAGAGAGUGCAGGGAGAGACAGGCAAGAAACCAGAGAGUGCAGGGAGAGACAGGCGAGAAACCAGAGAGUGCAGGGAGAGACAGGCGAGAAACCAGAGAGUAUAGAGAGAGACAGGCAAGAAACCAGAGAGUGCAGGGAGAGACAGGCAAGAAACCAGAGAGUGCAGGAAGAGACAGGCAAGAAACCAGAGAGAGAGACAGGCAAGAAACCAGAGAGCCAGGCAGCAGGUGACCAUAGAGUGCAGGAAGAGACAGACAGGAAGAAACAGGCAGCAAGUGAUUAGGGAGUGACCAAAGAGUGCAGGGAGAGCUAGAGAGUGCAGGAAGAGACAGUCACUGACCUCAGAGUGCAGGGAGAGUUAAGUAAGGAGAGACAGGAAGUGACUAGAAAGUGCGGAAAUAGUAAGUGACCAGAGAGACAGACAGCCACCCACUCACCAGAGAGACAGCCACCCACUUACCAAAAAGAGACAGUCACCCACUCACAAGAGACCUUCUAACCAACAAGGAAUGUUCAUGGUGGGAAAAGACAAAAAUCUCAGCUCUGAAAUCUAAUGAUUGUCAAAUGAUGUCCAGAGAUCACAUGAUGUCAUCACUCAGUCCUCAUCACAUGGACGUGAAAGUGGAGUUUGAUGUGAAGUGUAAAGAGGAGGAUCCCUGGGAUGAUGAAGAAGAAUUGCAGAGCGUUGCUCCCGUGAACGUUAACUCCUUGUUUUACUGUCUUGUGUGUGGACGAGCUUUUGGACAACGUCAUAAUCUGAUAAAACAUCAGCGUAUCCACACAGGGGAGCGGCCAUAUUGUUGUGACCAGUGUGGAAAGAGCUUUAUCCAAAAACAGCACCUGACAAAGCACCAGCGGCUGCACACUGGAGAGAGGCCAUAUGUCUGCCUGGUGUGCGGCCGUGGAUUUAGUCUGAAACAUAACCUCACAACCCACGGUAGGAUUCACACUGGGGAGAAACCGUAUCCCUGUUAUGAAUGCGGCAAGAGCUUCAGCCGACGGGAAAAUCUGCGCACUCACCAGAGAUGUCACCUAAAGAAAGCAGCCAGCAGGAGCAACAUGAUGGAGUUGGAGGAGUCAGUAAGCCCCUCCGGACUGGAUUACCUGCUGCCCACUGUAGACACAAAGCCCAAGGAGCAGGCUAUUACUGAAAAGAAUCCUGUACCUAAGGUCUCCAGCAGUGGGCGGACACUGAACCCCCGGCCAUUCAUAUGUCCUCAGUGUGGAAAGAGAUUUUUUAACAAGCAAACCUUCAUCAAUCAUUACAGGAUUCACACCGGUCAGAGGCCGCACACCUGUCCUGAGUGUGGACGCAGCUUUAUCCAAAAACAGCACCUGACCAAGCACAUCCGCACACACACAGGAGAGAAGCCCUACAGGUGCAGCGAGUGCGGCCGAAGCUUCAGCAUGAAGCACAACCUUUGCACUCACAUGAAGACUCACACUGGGGAGAAGCCAUACUGCUGCUCCGCCUGCGGAAAGAGAUUCACUCGGAGAAGCACCUACCAAGCCCAUCAAAGAAUACACUGCAAGUCUAAACUGGAAGAAAGUCCCUCGGGAGGAGACCCUCCAGGAGAACCCCACCCUGCACAGGAUGUGACACCUAAGAGUGCUGACAUUGGGAAGUUACCAGAGCAGCUGCAUACAGUGCCUAUCACCUGUGGACAAUGCGGGAAGAAUUAUGGUGGCAUCGGGGAGAUUGGAUGCACUGACUGUGGAACAAGCUUCAACAAAAUGGCCCCCACAUCUCAGUCCUCAGAUUUUCAUGAGGAUCCUGCAGACAUGGUGACGUCUAUGAUCUCAGAGGAGAAAACACUGCUGAUCAUAGAGCGUGUGGACAGUCUAGAUGAUCAGGAUCCUGCAGUCCAGAUGUUAGAAAGCAUAAGUGUGCCAUGCCAUGAAGAGUUGCCCAUGGGUACGGCACCCUUCUCCUGUCAGUGGUGUGGCCAAAUAUUCAGCCAGAGAGAGGAUCUGGAGCAACAUGAGCCUCUUCACAGUGGGGAGAAAAUCCAUGCCUGUUGUCAAUGUGGGAAGAAAUUUUUUCAGAAGAAUCUGUUGAUCAAACACGAGAAGAUCCAUGAGGAUAGACUGUCCUCACACAACCCUCAGAGCUUCAAACAUCUCCCUCCGAUCCAGCAGUGGACAACGGCCACAGACAAGCCUUAUCCAUGCAACAAGUGCGGGAAAAGUUUCAGCCACCAGGAGACAUUAACGUUGCAUCAGAGAAGCCACCAGAGAUAUUCGAUCCCCAUCACCGCAGCACCAGAACUGAAGGACAAGCAAAGAGGAGACCCAAAACAUGUAAACGGGGGCCAAGGGCGAGUCUUCCCAUGUUCUGUGUGUGGCAAAUCCUUCAACCAAAAACACACUCUGAUCAACCACCUGAGGAUCCACUCAGGAGAACGGCCGUAUCCCUGCCCCGUUUGUGGCAAAAGCUUCAUUCAGAAGCAGCACCUCACCAAGCACGUCCGGCUCCACACAGGUGAGAGACCCUACUCCUGCCAGGAGUGCGGAAGAAGCUUCAGCCUUAAACACAACCUGACCACCCACCAGCGGAUCCACACUGGAGAGCGACCCUACCCCUGCAACCACUGCGGCAAGAGGUUUAAUCGUAGAGGCAUUCUACUAAGUCAUGAACGAAUCCACCUCCAAGAGGCAGCACAGACUUCACGUAAUGGUCAGAAGCUGUAGGGUAGACACAAGGACAUCCUGUAAGUGUGGACCUCCGAGUGUAUUAGAUCACCGUGGUCCGGAGUGGUGCUGGAGACUCCUCAUGUCAUUCAGUGACCUCCAUGUCUUUAGAGACA